CAUCACUACAUUAUGCAGGCCAGUCCAGACAGCCUCUCCCUCAGAGUUUUGUCACAAAGUGUAGACCACAACACUGAUUUAACAGCCUUUAUUGUUGCACUUGUGCCCAGUCCAAACGUCUGGAAUAAACAGAUGCUGUAAACUGUUAGCGGUGGUACUAGUGGAGCAUAACUGCAGUCAGGACCAGAAAAUGUUUGUCACUAUCCUGCUCGGAGACAACAGGAUGGAAAUGUUAAAUCUCAACUGUAAGCUGAUACACUUCAUCCAUCAUUUAAAGGAGAGGUGUGGUCUUGACUUCAAAGAGUGUGUGGACCUGAUGGAAAGCGGUGGUAGAGUGAUGAACCUGGAGGGGAAGCAGCAAAGUGAGGCUCUGGCCAGCAGUGUGCUGAUAGAGAGACAAUACUAUGUCCUAUUACGAGUAUGCCGAGAUGACGAUACUGGAUGUCGGAAAUAUAUGCCGCUCCUAAACAACCCCAGCCAGAGUCAUCCUGAGUUAACUGAGUUGCUGAGGAAACUGUCUAACCCUGACAAGGAGCAAGACAGAAAGAUCAGAGGACGGACACAGAGGAGACAAACCAGAAGCAAAAACAUCUCUGCAAAUAAUAAACACCAAUUGAAAUAG